UCGCAACCCAUUGCUCGCCGGUCAACCCGCAGCUCACCGACGCCGUCAGCGCCUAACCCAGUGUUUACAAUUACGUAACGCUUGCGUAGCUUCAGUCUGCGCACUUUACAAUUGGUACGUGUGCCUUAUAGCUGGGUCAAUUUCUUCGACAAACAGGUACACUCGAACGGAAAAUGGCACCCGAAGCUAUUUAAAACGUAUAAAGAGAAAUGGAAUGGCGCCACUGAUCGCGAUGACUGUGAAGGUGAUGGUGAGAUGGAUACCUCGAGAUGGGUUAUAUAAUACAUUGCAUAUAAUUAGGUUUGAUGAUGAUAAUAACGAUGCAUUUUACUUUCACACUUGGUAUCUGAUAUGGCCGGUAUCGACUAUCUCGUCGGUAACGGUCCCACCGUUAAUCGUUUGUUUUGUUCCGUCUUACUUUUUUUUAUUGAUUCCCAACCGCAUCCAUCAUGUCUCAAACCGUCUGAAUUACAGUCGCGUAUCCCGUACAAUUAAUCAGUCUGUCAAGGGCCAGUCAUGUCGUGUUCCAUUGCUAGAUCUGGCCGAUAGGUACCCCAAAUCCAACAAUCUCAAGGCGGCAUCCAAAAGGAUCGAGUCUAUUAGCUCGACGUAAUGUUACUUUCUUUUAGCUUUCUGCUGGUCUAAGGCGGCGCCGACCAUUGUGCUUGAUUGGCGGACGUCUAAAUGGCGCGUUACCGCUUGCCAUAAUAUGCUAUAUACCCAGUAUGAUCUACAGUCUAUACUCGGCUGUAUUGGCAACCCUAGCGGUGCGAUUACUCGACGCCGUGUCGGAUUGAGCGCCCUCCUAGCAGAUGAAACGUUCUCCCCUCUUCUCUUUAUCGCUGUCCCCUUUUUUCUUUCUUUUUUUCUUUUUACCAUGAACUACCUCAGCUCACCGGUGCACGAGAAGAGUGCAGCGAGCUGUUCUAUCGACGCGCUCUCAGAGAUCCCGUAAAGCUUUGUCCUCCAUGGGACCCAAUGGUCCAAAUGGAAGGGCAAAUGAUUAGAUGACAAGUCGACGGCAACAGUAAACCGCCGCUAGCUGAUUAGCUGCCUUUUUCGACGCUCCGAACUCUGUACUAAUGGAGCCUGUAUCCCCUAUGCCUGUAACCUAUCAACGUAUCGUACCCAUUGUUUGCUCGUCUGACGUUUCAUUGCUUUUUGCUUCCCGCGUGCUAUUUGCUCUUCGACGCUUGUCGGCACCGGUUCUAGGCUUCCGUUGAAAUGCCAGCCACGUUUCCGCCGCCUCCUCCGCCAUUUCCGAGUGGGGCGAUGGGUGCAAACUCAUCGCCGAGUAAUGUCUCUUUAGGAGCCGGAACAGUCAAGCGGUCGCCGUCUACUUCCGCAACAGGAGCUCCCUUGGCAUCGUUUGAAAAGCCGACAAUGUCUUCAAACGUACAUCGUAAAAGCACUGACGUUAUUACUUCACCCAACAGCUCAUUACAUAAGCCGUUCAGUCGACGCCGCCGCCUGAAAUGGAACACCUGCAACCUAUUAUCGAGCCUGUACGGCCAGCUGAUUGUUGUUGUGACAUGCACACUCAUGGUGACCGAGGUCAUGGACAAUACUAUGCCAUUGUUGUCUUUCCAUGGUUACCUGUACGCGUUUUUGCUUGGCGGUUCCUGUAUAUUUCUGUUGUUCAUUUACGUCUCGUCGAUCCUGGACAAGUGUCCGUCAUUUAGCAGUCCGUCUUCCUCAGCGACAUCGUCUUCAUCAUCGCUUUCCGACGCUGAGACGGCAACGGGCACAUAUCGCGGAACGACUUGUGGUGUUGAAACCCGCAAGAACUAUACCUGUCCUGUAGAAGUGAGCUGUUAUCUUCGAGUGGGUUUAUUAGUGUUCGGGCUAGGCACAUUGAUCGGUGUGGGUCUAGAACUAAGCAGCGUGAUCACAUUGCACACGCCCUGUACAGAUCUGCUUAAUCUCGCGUCACCGGCGUUGCUUGCCGCGUUUGCUUUUAUGCAGAUGCAUUUCUUAUUCAUCAACGUUCAGCGGGCCUCGGAAACCCUGGGUUGCCUUCGGCACAUAGCUUUGAUGCACCUGUUAGCAACAAACGUUGCCGUCUGGUUCCGCUUAAUGCUAUGGGGCAUAUAUGAAGAAUCAGUCACUCGAGCGCACCGUAAAUACGCUACUAGUAUUGUGUGGCCUCCGGCUGAUUUCGUUCACAGGGAACACGCGAUUGACGAAUCUGGCAACCACCAGGUCUUUGUAACAAAGGAUUGCCUAUGGCAGCCUGAUGAAGGAGCUUCGACAGAAAAGUUCCUCAGCCUCGAUGACUGCUUGCGUAACUCCACCCUGGGACAUAUCUGGCAACGUGCGGCACCCUUUCUUGCUCCAUUUAUCGCUCAGUAUUGUGUCGUUGCAAUUGCCGUACUAUACGUCGUAUGGGAUAGCUACCACAGUGUCUGCACAAAACAAAGCUGCAGCCAAUUGUACACCGUGAGCACCUACCCGACAAAUGGCUCCGCAGGAAGUUCAUACGAUACUCUACGAAAUCGCGGAGGAAGGGACCGGGGCGCUGAUUGCCAGGGCGGAUCUAAAGGACUCUUCCUUGGACUAUUAGUGCUCGCUUCCGGCAUCAUCGUCCUCAUUUUAUACUUCGUACUGAGCCAGGAGGGCCUCGAGGCAGAUACAUUUGUGGCUACUAGCGUAUUGCACGCGGUCAUCCAAGCGUUAUCAGCCGCGGGUUCUUUACUCGGACUGAUACAGAUUUCUCCGUUGAGUGUCCGCCACUCAUGCAGUGCGCCACUGGCCGGAUUACUGCACAGGGUUGGCGUGCUAGCCACUCUUAGCUAUGCAGCCUUCGCUUGCGCUGCGGCUGCGGCUGGGGCCGAUAUACACGAUGUUUCGCAUGCGCUCUUACUGAUCGACGGUGGAGCGAUGCUGCUCCACGCAGUGACUCAGAGCCUUUUUGUGCAGGAGCUCGACACCCGUCAAGCCGACCGGAAAAACUGCCGCAAGGGUCUGCAGGUGGUAACAUUCCUGGUGUUUGCUAAUCUUGUCCUCUGGCUCAUGGAGAGUUUUACCAAUCAAAACUAUCUCGGCAAUGAAGUCGCUCGAUCGAUGUUCGGUCCGCUGACAUGGGCUAUCGUUGCUCGCGUCACCACGCCACUAGUCAUUUUCUACCGGUUCCAUUCGUGUGUGUUCCUCGUUGAAGCUUGGCGACGCUCGCGAGCUCGCUGUGGUUAGGCCUUGCCCAAAGCGACAUCUUCAAAUCUGUCCACGUCGUUCUGAAAAUAGCGAGGACAUGGAGAUUUCCUUUGGUUAAACGAUCACUCUGAUUAUACUACGGGGCAGGAUAAAACAGCAGAAGUAUGAUCAUCCCAACGGCGAACGCAUCGUCAUUUUGGAACGUGUCUUAUCAGAAACCUCAGUAACCGUGCUGAUCGCUAAUGGAAUCGCAUACUGCACCUAUUAAUUUAGCAUAGUCUUUUCCGCGCUAUAUCAGUUUCGCGGAAGAAAGCAUGAUCCAUACUCUUUUCGAAAGUGGAGCCAUCCACGUGCGGACGUUGAUUCGCAGAUGCUCGCAUACAUAUGGACGUAAAUACCGUACGAGCAGAUCGCUCUACAUCAGCCAGUAGCAAGAGGGUUACGAAUAGCAGACAACAGGUUUUGCUACAGGCAGACGCAUUAAAGUUCGUCUGCUUGAAUUCGACGUAACGAGAUAGUACGAAAUAAAAAAGAAAACAUAAUAAGACACAACAGGCAAAACGCUCAAUUCUUCUGUCUCCUUCCAAGAUGAGGUAUUAACUCAAGAUUUUGAAUUGCUUUCACCACUGCCGUACAUAUCUAUCUCAAAGCGCCACCUAGGUUAGAAGAUGGAUUACGGAUAGCGGAGUGGAGGAGCGCCGCUACUGGAGCACAACGGCCAUGACGCUUUACCUAACCGCACUAGCUUUUUUUACCGCUUCUUGCUGUCUGUAGCGUAAGCGAUGUUGGCAAAGAGUUUCAAACAUCAAUGACCGCGUGUCUAAUAUGGUCAUGCAAAGCGGCCACUCAUUUCACUACAGCUUCAGUAUCUUGUAGGUCUGCCGCAUCGAUAUGGUGCAACGCGAGACCCUGAAGACAUCAGCAACUGCUUCGGAUAACGUGAUCGUAUCGGUAAACGUCACCUUCACCCUGCCUUCGCGACGCUCCGAGACUUGCGUUCGGACAGAUUGCAUAGUCGUUUUAAUCAGUGCAGAUAAGUAGACCCUUGUUUCUGACUAAAGACAUGUCUUAAAUAAGGAUUACAAUGACACAGAGCGACACCAUGCAAGCCAUCAUGCAUUAUACAAAGUAAACACAGGUUUGCCGCCCGGUUUCAGCUACGACAGAUGUUUACACCGUUGUUGGCAGUUGCCGAAUAUAGCAGUGUGCAAGGGCUUUAUGUAUAUAUAUAUUAUUAUUAUCCACAUCGUCACUGUGUGGACCUGCUACCUGCUGUACGAGGUGUCGAUUUGUCUGAAUGGGUUAACGUGUUUGUAUGCGUAUGUGUGCUUGUUUGCGGGUAUACCCGAAUAGCAUUUGGGUUUCCCUUCACUGACCUAUGAUCGUACAAAUAUUAAUUAAUUAAUAUAUGCGAUGAGACGGAACGGGAACAGAAAGCAGACGACUUACGAAUAACUGGAUUCCAUCUUCAGCAAACGGGUCGGAUAAAGCUCGUUCUAAAUAUAGCAGUAUUUACUCUAUACAAAGUAAACUCCAGCUGUUACAUCAGGUAAUGCGAAUUGAAGCCGCCAGAUGUUUCGGUAUCAAAUACGAUGUAUGGCGAAUGCAAAAAGCAAAGAGUGAAUACGAACCCUUGUCAUCGACUAUCAUUCCAAUGCCCCUCUCGAGAUAAUAACAUAAACUGAAAAUGGCUCUUCGAAAAGGAAGGUCUAGAAGUUGACUAGGUCCCCAACCAGCUAAGCGUCAAAAACUUUGAGUUACUAACAAGCAAUUUUGAUUUGAUUACUUCCUGAGUAUAAAUACGGUAGCCUAGAGCUCGAGAGCCAAACUCAUUAACCGAUUAAAACUGAAGGUGGACAAUGCUCUACGAGCAAAUGAAGUACACAACAAUGCUUGACCUCGAACCAAAAAUCAAUCUCAGUGAAGACACGGUACAUCUAUGUUACAUAGACGAAGAAAAUCUUUACUGAGGUAGAGACUCAACUUUCCAAUGACAUAAAACGACUUCCUAACAUAAGCGUUGUGUUAGAUGUAUCGGUGCGCCAACCAAAGUAACAAGAGUGAUAUCACCGAGCGAGCCCCACUGCUUAGGAGAGCGUAGUUAUUACGAAGACAUUGCAAUUCACAUCCACGAUAUAUAUAUAUAUAUAUAUAUAUAUAGAUAUAUAGAUAUAUAUAGAGAGAGUGGCGUAGAAUGUCGACUUGUGAAUGUUUAUCCAGAUUCUGUUGACAAAGCGUAAAUACCGUCAUGUAGAAAAAAGGACUUCACAGCUGUAUUAUGAAGAUGGCACUAGCUAUAUGUAGUAUGUUUCAAUAAUUUGCCUUGCAGAAAAACAUGGGGCGUAUAUACAGUGUACUUCUGUCACAUAUACACAUAUUAUAAUAUAAUAUACGUAUUUUUGCUAACGGCCUAACCUAAGGCUCGUUUUAAAUUUCUAUCUAUUGCUACUAAACUAAUUGUGUGACAUUUUAGGAACAGCAUCAACAAGUGUGAAUUGUCCAUUUGCCGAAAGGGCAAGGCCAAAGCCAAACAUUACUCUCCGAAUUUCAGCUAAAAUAGGCAGGCCACCAACAGAGCCGGCCUAGCGAGAUUUCGGUCAAGGUCGACUCGAAGCUGACGACAGUGACCGAUCUAAUUAUUAUUAGUGCAGGUCGUAUUAUGAAGUUAUCGCCCGAACGUGUCCAAGUACGACAACUGUUUAUUUCCGUUUUAACUUCGAAAUAUGUGGUACGAAUGAUACAAAAUGACACUGCAUCACGUAUCACAGCAGAAUGAAUGAAUAAAUAAAUUAAUAAAUGGGCUAAAACUUUGUUGAGAUGUAUGGCGCACUGUGAUUCUACGAUCGACGCACAUAUGCCAAACAUAUAGACGCCUAAAGUGUCACACUAAGGAGAGCAAACCUUCGUUAACCUUUUUUCGAUCCGUUUUUUAAUUCGUUUUUACGAAUGGGUAUAUGGCUUCAUCACUUUAAUUAUAGUAACCAGCUUCUUUUUUUUUUUUUUUUUAUUAAAAUGCAGACAGGGCUCUGUAAUGUGGAGGAUAUUUACACUACGAAUGCUAUCAACAAAUAUUGUCGUCGGGCCAACUCAUCUAUCGUUGUGUAGCAGUUCUGCGUAGAAUAAUCAUCCCUGUUCUAUCUGCGUUAGCCUUCCUAAACAUCCCUAAAAAGUCCCACUAGAAGUCCCCUAAAAACGGUCGAAAAUUUCGAAGACCGUCAUCUAAACUUCACAGCCGGUAGAGACAGUUGAGUUAAUAACAUUAAGAAUUUACGGCACAAUUUGCAGACAACUAAUAGAGUAUCUGAUUCACAUAACGAAUACAUUUAGAAGGUGUGUAAACGUAUUUUUUACUUUUUGCUGCAGAAAUUUAAUAGAAAUACUUGACCAAAAGUUCGACUGUUUGUGCCAAGUACCUCUCAUAAGCAGGUAUUUCGGAUCUCGUGAGUACACCUAGAGUCAAUACGAAAUACCCAUAUGAUGAUUUCUAAUACGCAGACGACGAACGAUAUCUAAGCCCAGCACCUACAAAGCUGCCUACUUGCAUCUCACAGAACUGCUUAUGCUGUGCCGCAGGUGGGUCAUAAACAGAGACUUCGCACAUUCUGAAUAUUUAGAAAGAAGUGUCUAUAUAUGUCCUCCAUCUGGCCUAUUCCUCAUUCAGCGCAAAAGGAACCCUGAUGUGUGUUUGGCCUAUCCACUAAAAGCAAACAGCCGGAGUUCAUUAACACAUCAUCGUGUCAAACUGUUGCCACACGAAUUACAGCAAGGUCAUGAAAAAAUUUUUUCGUGGGUCUUACUGGAUCCAGACGGCUGUGGCCUAUGGUAUUUUAGCGUUAGGUAGGCUCACUUAUGACCUUUCCUAAGCAUCGUGAGGCGCGUCGCUUCCGGUUGCUAAAGGAGAAAUUAUUGAUAGCUGAAACUGAUCGAGGAAAAAUAGUCGUCGUUAGGAAAAGAUAGAAGGGAAUUAAGUACAAAUCCUCUAUGGUGAUGACCAAUAUUAAAUACGGCUAAGUUCACUGUGGCAAUAAGCAGGGCAUGCGACAGAAACGCGACAUCCUACCACAGGCAGGAGGAUGAAUGAAGGGAGUGCUGGUUACUGUGCGUUUGCUGUAGCUCGGAUCGGUCGCCAUUGGCUGACUAUAUGUUUAAACAACUGUAUCAAUUUUUUUCGAUCGCAUCAAUCAACACAUUUAUAUAGAGGGUGUUACAGAAAAAGUAAAAUUGCGUAAGAAAAAAAAAACAGCGCGGUUUCGUCAACGAAAAACUGUCGACAACAUAUAAUAAUCGAGUGACAAUUGAUGAAAUAAUAUGUUUUUACCAUAGAACAGCCAAUAACAGCUCAGCUCGUCUGUUACCUGAACCUGAUACAUGGAGAUUAUACAUAUACAUUGCUAUUUGAUCUUAAUAAAAGUAUGUUUUUA